CGGGACCCCAUCCCUGUGUUCCAUGUCCCCCUGACGGGACCCCUUGACACGACCUCAUGUGUCCCUUUGACAGGACCUCAUCCCUGUGUCCAUGUCCCCUUGAAAGAACCCCAUUCCUGUGUCCAUGUCCCCCUGACAGGACCCCAUCCCCGUGUUCAUGUCUCCCGGACAGGACCUCAUGCCUGUGUCCAUGUCCCCCUGACAGGACCUCAUCCCUGUGUCCAUGUCCCCCCUGACGGGACCCCAUCCCUGUGUCCACGGACCCGUGACGGGACCCCAUCCCUGUGUCCACGGACCCCUGAUAGGGCCUCAUCCCUGUGUCUAUGGACCCCUGACAGGACCCCAUCCCUGUGUCCAUGUCCCCCUGACAGGACCUUAUCCGUGUGUCCAUGUCCCCCUGACAGGACCUCAUCCCUGUGUCCAUGUACACCUGACAGGACUUUGUCCCUGUGUCCAUGUACCCCUGACAGGACCUUAUCCCUGUGUCCAUGUCCCCCUGACAGGACCUCAUCCCUGUGUCCAUGUACCCCGGACAGGACCCCAUCCCUGUGUCCAUGUCCCCCUGACAGGACCUCAUCCCUGUGUCCAUGUCCCCCUGACAGGACCCCAUCCAUAUGUCCAUGUCCCCCUGACAGGUCCCCAUCCCUGUGUCCAUGUCCCGCUGACAGGACCCCAUCCCUGUGUCUAUGUCCCCCUGACAGGACCUUAUCUGCGUGUCCAUGUCCCCCUGACAGGACCCCAUCCCUGUGUCCAUGUCCCCCUGACAGGUCACCAUCCCUAUGUCUAUGUCCCCCUGACAGGACCUUAUCUGUGUGUCCAUGUCCCCUGACAGGACCCCAUCCCUGGGUCCAUGUCCUCCUGACAGGACCCCAUCCCUGUGUCCAUGUCCCCCUGACAGGACCUUAUCCGUGUGUCCAUGUCCCCCUGACAGGACCCCAUCCCUGUGUCCAUGUCCCCCUGACAGGACCUUAUCCGUGUGACCUUAUCCGUGUGUCCAUGUCCCCCCGACAGGACCCCAUCCCUGUGUCCAUGUCCCCCCGACAGGACCCCACCCCUGUGUCCAUGUCUCCCCGACAGGACCCCACCCCUGUGUCCAUGUCCCCCCGACAGGACCCCACCCCUGUGUCCGUGUCCCCCCGACAGGACCCCACUCCUGUGUCCGUGUCCCCCUGA